AUGAAAUUUUCCGGAAAAAAGAACAUAUGGAAACUGUCACUCACCCCUCGACACCACAGAAAAUCGACAACUUCUCCGGAGGGACCGAAGAUGAUGAUACUUUCUUUAUCUUCCACAACCAUACCUCGCCGAAUCAGCCGAUUUUCUGUAGGGGCAAUGGCAUCCGCAAGCUCAAACGUUGAGAAUGUCAAAGUUACAAAGGGUCUGGGUGAUAUGCCCAAGGUUAUCUUGACUUCUCUUCACGGCAGUGAGGUAGAAUUGUACUUAUAUGGAGGUUGUGUCACGUCCUGGAAAGUAGGGAGUAAAGACCUCUUAUUUGUUCGGCCAGAUGCCGUUUUUACCGGGCAGAAGCCUAUCAGUGGAGGAAUACCACACUGUUUCCCACAGUUUGGACCUGGCCCAAUGCAACAGCACGGAUUUGCAAGAAAUAUGAAUUGGUCUAUUGUUAGUUCAGAGAAUGUCGAAGAGAAUCCUUCUAUUACUCUAGAGCUGAAAGAUGGUCCAUACAGUCGUGCUAUGUGGGAUUACAGUUUUCAAGCAUUAUACAAGGUCACUCUAGAUACAAAUUCCCUCUCGACCGAGUUAAAAGUUACAAAUACUGAUGCAACACCAUUUUCAUUUUCUACUGCGCUGCAUACAUACUUUAGUGCAUCAGCAUCAGGGGCAUCUGUUAGAGGCCUAAAAGGCUGCAAAACAUUGAACAAAGAUCCCGAUCCUAAAAAUCCAGUGGAGGGUAAGGAGGAAAGGGAUGUUGUCACGUUUCCUGGAUUUGUAGAUUGCAUCUAUCUUGAUGCUCCCGAAGAGCUACACCUGAACAAUGGUUUGGGUGAUGUUAUUACCAUCAGGAACACCAACUGGUCGGAUACUGUUUUGUGGAACCCACAUAUGACAAUGGAAUCGUGUUAUAAAGAUUUUGUCUGUGUUGAAAAUGCCAAGAUUGGACAGGUUCAGCUAGAGCCGACCGAAUCAUGGACUGCGGUGCAAAAUCUGAGUGUGGCCUGA